AUGGCCGGACCGAUGCCGCCGAAGGCUGUAGUGCUAUCAGAUGCCAAAUACCGGAUAGCAAACAACGUCACAUCAUACAAAAUACAGGAUAUCGAACUACACCAAAAACAAUCUCACUUGAUCGGGCUGGCCUGUGUCACAAUGAAGAGCUACGACGGCUGCUGGACGUGCCGCUUGAGAAAGAAACGGUGCGAUGAGAUACGGCCAGUGUGUAGGAACUGCUCAACGCUGCAGAUUACCUGCCACUUCGGCCAUGAGAAGCCGUCAUGGAUGGACAGCGGACUGGGACAGAAAGAGAAAGCCGAAGAGGUCAAGCGCGAGGUUAAGAGCGCUGCCGCGCGGCGUCGGGGGACCUUGCCGAUGAAUGCUGUCAACCGACAAAGUGCGCUGUCGACAGAGUGCCCACCAUUUCAGGCCGAGCCAACUCCAGACUCCAGCCCUGGUUGGACUUCUACAUAUUCGCCACCUAGCACGGAGCCAUCAUCGAGCAAUGCCUACCCAGAUUCCUGGAAUAGGCUGGACGGCUGGUCUAUAAGCAACUCACCUGAUGGGAAACCGGCGGACUCAGAGCUCGACCGCCGCUUCAUGAUGUUCUACUUUGACCAUUUCUUUCCGUUCCUAUUUCCCUUUUACCAGCCCCUACUGCUUGAAGGCGGGCGUACCUGGAUCAUGGAGCUUGUUGCAGGCGACCAAGCCAUGUGGCAUACCACACUCUGCCUUAGCACGUACUUUGUCUCAGUCGCCCUAGAUGGCGCAGUUUCAGGACACAACGUAUGCAAAACGCUUGCUUGGGAAAAGCUUCUGAAUCAGAUGGGUGUAACCUUUCUGAUGCUCCAGCGUAACCUCCAGGAAGUUGUUGCUUCAAGCAUUACGCCGGAGCUAAUAUCCAAGACCUCCCGAAUUAUGGGAAGCAUUAUCCAGCUACAACGGUUUGAGAUCUCGGUGGGGAACUUUGAAAACUGUCAAAAACACCUUGGGGCGGCCAUUAUGCUGUUCAGACAGAUAUUCCGGACUGCAGAGAGUGCCAUCAACAUUCCUGCUUUUUACGGCGUGUUGAGUCAUAUGGGACGGCCACUCUGGGCUAUAAUGUCUCAACAGAGCGGAGCCUGGAACUCCGAUCAGGCAGCUUUUCGAUUUUACUCCGCACUACUGAUCGUGGACGAUAUUAUUGCCAGCACAUGCAUGGGGGAACAGCCUAAAUUGCUCGAGUAUCACGCUCAACUCCUCACUAAUGGCGGCAGCUCUGACGAGAAACCUCCCCUGAAUCUCGAGGAUUUUGUCGGCUGCGAAAACUGGGUCAUGUUGCAGAUUGGCGAGGUAGCUGCCCUCGACGCGUGGAAGAAGUCCAGAAAACAGGCCGGGAAGCUCGACGUGAUGGAGCUGGUGGCGCACGCGUCAACAAUCAAGCAGACACUGCUCGGUAACCUCGCGCGCCUCGACGCCACAGAAAACACCCCCAGUACCAAUGGGCUCGGCUUGUUCACCCUUUACAACGACCAGUUGCCGCCUAUGCCGGGUGGUUGCGCCGCAUAUGUCACCCGUGUCUGGGCGCACGCCGCAUUACUCUACCUCUCAGUUGUGGUCUCUGGGUGGCAGCCCGGCAGCGCGGCGAUCCGGGAGAACGUAGUGCGUACACUAGCGCUGCUGGAGCAGAUGCCGAAACCCGAGCUGCUGCGCACUAUGGUGUGGCCCUUCUGCAUGGUCGGCUGCCUAGCCGAGCCCGGGGAGGAAUGCCGCCUGCGGGCCAUGGCUGAUGCGCUGGUCCCGCAUCGACUGUUUGGAGCAGCGCGGAAGGCACUUGAGAUCAUGGAGAACGUCUGGAAGUGCAGAGACGAGCUCGCCAUCGACACAGACUUUGCGGCGCAAUUUUCGUCGGCCCUACCAAGAGGACAUUUCCGAAUGCCGUGCUGGGAGACACUGCGGAGAACAGCCAAGAAGGAGUUUAUCUACAUGGGCCACAAGCAGAAUACUGUGGUCAACCGAUACUGCUCACUAUGA